AUGAAACUAUCAGCUAUUUUGCUGCCGAACAGAAUCAAUUCAAAUAUUAUUAUUCGGUUAAAUUGCACUUCGUUUGCUCACAGGAAUAGUCAUGAGUUUGUUAUUCAGAAUCAUGCGGACAUAGUGUCGUGUGUUGUUAUGGUGUUUUUGGUCGGGUUGAUGGUACAAUCGACAAGUCCAAUUGCAAGCCUAUUUAUCAGUUUACACCACAAUGUCAGUGGACUCGAACCUAGCAGAGAUGCACCAAAAGGCGACCCUUUCUUUUAUGAAGCAGGGUGGAAAGACGCUUGUGCAGUUUUCUUUUACUCCUUGGUUUGCAUUGUAAUGCAUGCAAUUCUACAGGAGUACCUUUUAGAUAAAAUCUCAAAGAAGUUUCAUCUGUCCAAAUCAAGACUGAGUGCUCUUAAUGAGUCUGGCCAGUUGGUUGUGUUCCACUUAGUAACCCUUCUUUGGGGUGGUGAUGCUAUUCUUCGAGAAGGUUUUAUCUUCAACAUUCCUCAGCUUUGGGAUGGUUAUCCUAACCAUCCAAUGAGCUUCCUGCUAAAGCUCUGGUGGAUUGUGCAGGCUUCUUACUGGAUCCACACUAUUCCUGAGCUCUAUUUCCAACGCAUUAAAAGGGACGAGUGGGCUGGACGCAUCAGACACGCGGCUGCAGCCUUUGUUUUUGUCGCAUCGGCAUAUGGCUUCAAGUUCCAGCGAGUGGGUGUAUGUUUAGUUGUGCUACAUUCCUUGGCUGAGUUUGUGGCACACAGCUAUCGUCUGAACACCAUUCUCAGGGGAGAGCGUGAAGACUUUUUGGAUAAAUUCUUGGGAGUAAUCAACGGCUCAGUGUUUGUUGUGGUGCGCUUGUGUUCAUUGGUGCUGGGCGUGCUCACCUUUUACUUUGGACUUGCGGGCGCUGCACCGCUCGUUCUACGUGUUGCUGCACUCUCCGUGCUAGUGUCCUUCCAGGUCUACUUGAUGUUCAAUUUCAUUACUGAAGCCAUCAAGCAAAGGCAAGAAAGCCGCCAGCAAGCACAAGCCAAGCCUAAAAAGGAGAAGAAAGAGAAAAUACGGAAGGAGAAAGUUAAGAAACCCCCCGUAGAAGAGUCAGAUCUGCCUGAAGUGGACCAGAACACCAACAAGACCCUGCGACAGCGUGCCGCCGUCGUGAAAGCGAAGUGA